UGGAGAUCCAUGGCAGAUGACCUGCAAUAUCUUCCGAUCGCUGAUGCAAUUGAGGCCAGACUCAAGAAUGUUGACAAAUACUUCAAGAAAACAAGUCAAUUGAACGUGUAUUUUAUUUGUCUUGUUCUUGAUCCAAACUAUAAGCUCGCAUAUGUUGAAGGCCAGUGGGAUUUUAAAGAUGUUGCAGAUGGCAGAGCUCAUCUGGAG